AUGGGUUGCUACCUGCAGGAGUAUCGGGCUCGCAUCGGGGCGUGGGCUGCGCGCUUUUCCUCGUGCGGAGCGCCAGCCCCUUCGGCAUCGUUGAACGGGAACGGGGCAGCGGCUGGAGCAGCAGCGUUGUGUGCGACCACGAUUGCGGUCCUUUUAUUAAUUGGAGGCGUCGAACCUAACACAGGACCUGAAGUUGAAGUUAACGCAAUUCGCAUCGUGUGCAGUGGUUGCAAUAAUAACCUAAAAUCCGGGAAGCAGUGUGAAUUGUGUGGACUGUGGUACCAUGCUAGUUGUGGUAAAAAUGGAGACAUGGACAACGGCAAGUGGUUUUGCAGUAAGUGCAGAGAAAGCAGAGUGCGUCAACUGGAAGAGAAACUGGAAGCUGCUCUUCUUCAAAUCCAGGAGUUGAAGGAGUUAAACGCAUCUCUGGAGGAGAAACUUCGAGCUGCUACAGUAGGAGACGCCGCACAGCCAAUUCUACAGGCGCCAACUGCGAGAAAACCCAUUCUCGUUAUUGGUGACUCGAUAGUGCGACAUGUAGGCAAUGUGAACAAUCACAUGGAUGUUGUGUGCCUCCCGGGAAUCCGAACCGAGCAGCUGCGGAGGUAUGUAAAGAAUAGGGACCUUGGAACGCCAGACACCGUAAUUAUACAUGUUGGCACUAGUGACCUGAGGAGAAGAAAUCCUGACUUUGUCAUGGGGGAUAUGGGUGACCUCGUGAUGAAUGCACAAGAGAAAUUCCCUAAAGCAAAAAUAUAUGUUAGUGGCAUUCUCAGGCGUCGUGGCAUUCCAUGGAGAGCGGGUUGA